AUGGAAACAAAGAAUGAAUUUUAUCAAUAUAACGACAGUAUAUGGUCUGAAUGGUCUGAAUCUUUACGUAGACAUGAAUCAUAUGCUUUACAAACGAUCCGCGAACUUGAAAGAGAUCGUAUAGAAUAUUAUGUAUUUGUUCAAUAUAUAUUUGAUCAACAAUGGAAAGGUUUAAGAAAAUAUGCGAAUGAUUCUAGAAUAAAAAUAAUUGGUGAUAUACCUAUGUAUAUUGAUUACGAUUCAGUUGAUGUUUGGUCAAAUUCUUUUAUGUUCCAAUUAGACCACAAUGAUACAAUGAAACCAACUGUUGUUGCAGGUUUUCCUCCUGAUCAAGGUUCAGAAAAAGGUCAAAAUUGGAAUAUGCCAAUAUAUGAUUGGAACAAUGAUAAUGUCAGAAAAGAUUUGUUUGAUUGGUGGAUCAAACGUUUACGUAGAAAAUUGUCAAUUGUUGAUUUUCUCAGAAUUGAUCAUUUUCGUGGUCUAAUAUCACAUUAUGUUAUACCAGUUGAUAUUAUAACACAAGAACCUAAUAUUACAGAAGCGGAUUGGGUUAAAACACCUGGUCAUGAAUUCUUGAUGGCUAUAACAGAAUCAUUUGGCUCAGAUAUUCCAAUAAUUGUGGAAGAUCUAGGUGAUCUUAAACCAGAAGUAUUUGAAUUACGUGACCGUUUUCACUUAUGUGGUGUUAGAAUUUUACAAAUGGGUUUUUACUCCGAUUCAACUAAUAUUUAUGCUCCUCAUAAUUAUAUUCCAAAUUCAGUAGCAUAUACAGGUAAAAAACGUCAAUUUAUUGAAUAUAUACGUCGUCCAAUUGAAGGUGAUAAAGAAUUAAUUAAUGGUUUAAAAUUGGAAAAACAUCUAGAGAAAUAUAUUUCCUGGUAUUUUAUACAAAUUCUUUUACAAUCAGCUGCAAAUGGAGCAAUCAUUCCAAUGCACGAUCUUUUAAGUAGUUUAAAAAGAAUGAAUAUACCAGGAACAGAAUCUAAUAUUGAAUACGAUGGUCCACAAAAUUGGUCAUGGCGUUUUAAAUGGUCUCAAUUGACAUCAGAUAUUCGAAUCCGAUUAAAAGAACUAACACAGAUGUAUGGACGUGAUUUAACGUAUGAUAAAACUAUUUCAUUAGAAGAUAUGACUAUAAAAAAUGAUUCAAUAUCUACUUUACAAUAA